CGGCCGCCAUCAGCGAAGAGAAGCCGCCAGGCUCCCACCUCGGCCGCGACAUGGAGGCCGUAAAGGCCUUUAACAGCGAGUGUGGUGAUGUAGAUAUUUUGUUGUACUCGCUGAAUGAUUACAAGCCUCCCAUUUCUAAAGCUAAAAUGACACAGAUCACCAAGGCAGCAAUCAAGGCUAUCAAGUUCUACAAGCAUGUUGUGCAGAGUGUUGAGAAAUUCAUUCAAAAGUGCAAACCAGAAUACAAGGUGCCUGGUCUGUAUGUCAUUGACUCCAUUGUGAGACAGUCCCGGCAUCAGUUUGGGCAAGAGAAGGAUGUAUUUGCUCCAAGAUUCAGCAAUAACAUCAUCAGCACUUUUCAGAACUUGUAUCGUUGUCCUGGGGAUGACAAGAGUAAAAUUGUUAGAGUGCUAAACUUAUGGCAGAAAAAUAACGUGUUCAAGAGUGAAAUCAUUCAGCCUCUCUUGGAUAUGGCAGCAGGAAUUCCUCCACCAGUUGUGACCCCCGUCUUGCCCAGCACUACUGCUGCUAUGAGCAACAACACACCAGGAACACCUGUGACUCCAGUUACUCCAGCCAACGUGGUGCAAAGUUUACCUGAUCCUUGGGUAUCUCAGAUUGCUAAUACAGAUACGCUUGCUGCUGUAGCUCAGAUUUUACAGAGUCCCCAAGGCCAACAGCUUCAGCAGUUGAUACAGACGCUGCAGAUACAGCAGCAGAAACCACAGCCUUCACUACUUCAAGCCCUGGAUGCUGGUCUUGUCGUUCAAUUACAGGCCCUAACUGCACAACUUACUGCUGCAGCUGCUGCUGCCAAUACACUUAAUCCGUUGGAACAGAGUGUCUCUUUUAAUAAGAAGCUGAUGGACAGGUUUGACUUUGGGGAGGAAUCUGAACAAAACGAAGAGCCUAAAAAGGAAACUCCCACUUCCCAACUGCCUUUAGUACCAGAAUCUGUGAACAACUCACUUUUUCACCAACUAGCAGAACAACUGCAGCAACAAAAUUUAGAACAUCUCAGACAACAACUUCUGGAGCAACAGCAGCCUCAAAAGGCAAGCCCUGAGGAAAAUCAAGAAGGGAAUUUUGGUUCAGAGCAUUCUGCAUCACCAUCACAAGGGAGCAGUCAACAGCAGUUUUUAGAAGCAGAAACCAAUGUAGAUGAUUCUAUGGAUAUUCAACAACAGGACAUGGACAUAGAUGAAGCACAGGAUGUUGCUGAAGAAGAGAUUUUUGAACAAGAAGAAAAGAAAUCUGCUGUUCGUUCAAGGUCAAGAACUCGUUCAAGAUCACGUUCAAGGUCACCAAGAAAACGAAGGUCUAGAUCACGGUCUGGUUCUCGUAAGCGUAAACAUAGAAAGCGUUCACGUUCAAGAUCAAGAGAAAGGAAGAGAAAGUCAUCUCGGUCCUACUCCAGUGAAAGAAGGGCUAGGGAAAGGGAAAAAGAACGUCAGAAAAAGGGAUUGCCUCCAAUACGGUCAAAAACACUAAGUGUUUGCAGCACUACUCUUUGGGUAGGCCAAGUAGACAAGAAGGCUACACAGCAAGAUUUGACCAACCUGUUCGAAGAAUUUGGACAAAUAGAAUCUAUUAAUAUGAUUCCCCCAAGAGGUUGUGCAUAUGUCUGCAUGGUUCAUAGACAAGAUGCAUAUCGUGCUCUUCAGAAGCUUAGUUCUGGGUCCUACAAAAUCGGAUCUAAAAUUAUUAAGAUUGCCUGGGCUUUAAAUAAAGGUGUGAAAACAGAGUAUAAGCAAUUCUGGGAUGUGGAUCUGGGAGUUUCAUAUAUUCCUUGGGAGAAGGUAAAAUUGGAUGAUUUGGAGGGCUUUGCUGAAGGUGGCAUGAUUGACCAGGAGACGGUAAAUACAGAAUGGGAAACAGCGAGGAGCUCAGAACCUGCUAAAGAAAAUAUUCAAACUACGCAGAGCACUGCAGUUGAUAAGAGCACAGUGAUUACAACGCAGACGGAAGCUUACACACAACCAGUCACUAUGCUACAGAUUCCAGUAGCUCCAGCUGUGCCUGCUGUUAGCUUAGUUCCACCUGCAUUUCCUGUCACAAUGUCUGUCCCUCCUCCUGGUUAUAGCGCCAUUCCUCCUCCACCCUUCUUGCGAGCAAGUUUCAAUCCUUCACAGCCACCUCCAGGUUUUAUGCCUCCCCCAGUUCCUCCUGUUGUCCCUCCUCCUGUUGUCCCACCACCUGUUGUCCCACCAGUUGUUCCAACGUCUUUAGUACAGCCUCCAUUGCCAAUUCCUCAAGAGACGAUGAAGGAUGUACCUUUUAGUGGCCUGGUUCUACCAGUUGUUGGUACAGUUAGUAGCAAUCUAGCCACACCAACGUUAUCUUCUGGAAGCAUCUUUAAUCCUCUGCCAAUCAGCAAACAAGAAUCUGAUGAAAAGGGAUCUCAUCUUACAGACCUUCAGAUUUCUUCCAGUGAAAACGGUAGAGCUGUGCAAAGUGAUGUCUCGAGUAGCUCUGGACUUGUUGGAGGAGUGCAGCCACCCAGUGUCUCAAGCAGUUCGGGGCUUACUGGAGAAGGCCAGCCACCCAGUGUCUCAAGCAGCUCUGGACUUGCAGGGGGAGUGCAGCCACCCAGUGUUUCAAGCAGCUCUGGACUCGGAGGAGGAGUGCAACCACCAACUGUUUCAAGCAGUUCUGGUCUUGCAGCAGGAGUGCAACUACCCAAUGUCUCCAGUAGCUCUUCUCUUGCAGGAGGAGUUCAGCCAACCAGCGUCUCGAGCAGCUCUGGACUUAUGGCUGGAGUGCAACCACCAAAUGUCUCAAGUAGCUCAGGGCUUCUAGCUGGAGUGCAUCCACCCAACAUCUCAAGCAGCCCUGGCCUUCUUCCAGGAAUGCAGCCUCCCAGUGUUUCAAGUAGCUCAGGAGUUCUGGCAGGAGUACAGCCACCAAGUGUCUCAAACAACUCUGGUCUUCUUCUAAUGCCACCACCGAAUGUUUCAAGUAGUUCUGGACUUAUGGGAGUGCCACCACCAAAUAUUUCAAGUAAUUCUGGACUUCUGGCAAUGCAGCACCCAGCUGGCAUUCAAAAUAUGCCUCAUUUAAAUAUUAGUAGUCAAAGGAUGCCAGGAAUGCCUCUCAUAGAUAUCCGUCCAGGCUUAAUGCCCCACUCACCUGGACCAAGGUUUCCAUUAAUGCAGCCAGGAAUACCACCACAGCGUAGUAUUCCUCCUCCAGCAAUCCUUGAUCCAGCACUUCACCCUCCACCUCGAGGUCCCUUUCCUCCAGCAGAUAUUUUUAAUCAAACAGAAAGACCCUUUGCAACACCAGGAAGACAAAAUAUUGAUAGCAUUUCUAAUCCGGAGAAAAGGCUGCCACUUGGAGGCGAUAAUAUUCAGCAGGAGGGAGACAGAGAUUAUCGCUUUCCUCCAGUGGAAAACCGAGAUAAUCUCAACAGACCAUCCCAAGUGGAUGUCAGAGAUUCUGUUGGACGACCACCAGUUGAUCCAAGAGAGGGCAUAGGAAGACCUCCAGUAGAUGGAAGAGAACAUUUUGCAAGACCUCAUGUAGACAUGAGAGAAAAUUUUGGAAGACCAGGUAUAGAUAAUCUUGGUCGAAGAGAGCAUUUUGCUUUCAAUUCAGAUAAGCACUGGGGACAAAGAGGAGAUUAUGAUGAAAGAGAGCACCAUGCCUUUCCUAUUUAUGGUGGCCCUAAAAGCUUCCAUGAGGACAGAGAGAGAUUUCGGCAUGUAAACUAUAGGUUUGAUAGUAGAAGUGGUCCCAGCUGGAAUAGAGGAUUUGAACAAGAUGCUCACAGAGAUUUUGAUGACCGCAGAAGACCCUGGGAAAGACAGAGGGACAGGGAUGACAGAGAUUUUAACUUCUGCAGAGAAAUUAAUGGGAACAGGUUUGGAAGAGACAGAAUGUCAAACAACUGGAUCCCCCCUCCACACCCACGGGUUUUUGAAUAUUUUGAUGGGGCCACUUCCCAACGCAAAGCGGAUAAUUUGCCCCAGGUAAAUGGUGAAAACACAGAGACAGAAAGUCAACCACCAACUGCACAGGUGCAGGACGAUCCAGAACUUUAUGAAAAACUGACAUCUUCCGUCGAGAUAAACAAAGAGAAGAGUGACACAGAAGCUGAUAUAGAAAGUGAACCAGUGGUAGAAAGCACAGAAACUGAGGGGACAUAAUCAUCACUCAGUAGAAAUCAGGGGGCUUUGUGUUUUGGUGGCUUAAUUCUGAAGCAGAAAAUCUUGUUAAAUUGCUGAGAGGAAUUGGCUGCUUAGGUAAAUGAGUAGCGCUGUUCUCUCUUAUUUCACAUACUUUGCUGCUUAUGUCCUUCAAAUUGGUGGUGGAAGAUUUAAUAUUGUUAAGAUUUUCAAUUUGUUUCACUGAAAUGCAUUCCACCAACUUAUUUCAACAUAAUUUCUGUUAAAAUUGUCUGGAAGCAUUUCACUUAGCUUUGGGGAAGUCGUUUUUCUCCUGCCUGGUAGUAUUUGAGAGGUAGAUUCUGUUAUAUGAAUGACCCUUUUCUAGAAGAAAUGUUUUUAGCUCAGAUUAUAAUUUUGAUCUUUACUGAUAACGUGUAAACAUGCAAGUUUUAAUUCCCCUUCCCUUUCUCCCAAAGGGAUGUAAGUAGGAGAGUGUCACUUGAGUGUAAAGUACAGGCAAGAUUUUGAAAGCAGAAUCAAGUUAUAUAUGUGUUUCUUGCCAUUUUCCUCUGGUACAUGGGUUACUUUUUCAUGCUGUGACAUGGUUCAGUUUUUCAAUUAUAGGGAUUUUUAUUAUGGACAGUGAAGAGCCAUCUUAAUGAAGGUAAUCCUUUGGAAGUGUGGACAUGAAUGAUUCUUUAUCUACUACGCAAGUAGUAGUCAUUAGGGUGUAGUGAGGCGUGAAUUAAAUAAUUACUGCUUUGUGAUAGACCUUGCUGAUAUGUUUAUUACCAGAACACGUCUUCCGAUUUGAGGUGAACAAUAUUUAAAGUAAAAGUACCUUCAUGUGCAGCCUCUAUGGCUCAAAGAAGUUGCUUGAUAAUGCUGCAGAACCUAGUAGUAGUGUUCAGGUCAGACAGAUAUGGUUCUGGAAGUCCAAACACAUAGAACAGGUGUGAGGACACUGUGUAUUAGAGGGAUUUUCUUUUUUAGUUUCUAUAUUGCAGACUGAAAAUGAUUCAGCCACAGACCAUGUAAAUACUCAGAAUCAGACACAUAUUGGCAGUAGCUUUUAUUUACAAAUGUUUUGUUAAAUGCUUUUUUAAAACUAAGAGUUAAUCUGUUUUUCUAAGCUGAGACCUGCAGUAUGCUAAAUUACUCAUAGUAUGAUGGUGUAGGUAAAUCACUAGGUAGAGAGUUCAAAUAAUUCAACUAGUAGUGGUAUAAAACAAUGUAUUAUUUAAUGACUUUUUAUCUUUGUUAAUAUCUUUUAAACGUUAAUAAAUUGGCUACUGUA